AUGAAUUUCACUACAUUAUCUAUUGGUUUUGUAGUUUAUUCUUUAAUUUCAUUCUUCAAUUAUGUAUACUCUGAAGACAUUUUGUUAGGAAGUGAUUUUACAACUCCAGAUUCUCAACCUAAAGAAUCUGAAACCAAUUCUACGUCACUUAAGACUUUUACCAACCCCAAUUUGUCCAACUUUGAUAUUAAUGACAAAACUAAGACACCAGAUUUAAAAUAUUCUACCUCUUGCUCCACUAAAUCGCCUGAUGAGCUCAGAUUUUUUGCCUUUGUCCCUGAUUCAGACAGUAAAGUAACAGAAUUGACUCGUGAUCAGUUUACUUUCAAGGUUGAUGAAAAUAAUCAUGAGCUUUAUCACUUUGAGUUCAAAGACGAUAAAAAAUGUGCUAAAAUUAAAUAUGAUGAUACCACAAUUUGGAGAUCAGGAGAAUAUGGUAUACCCGGUGCGAAGUAUGUAAUUUAUAAUAAAAAUAACGAUAGAAUUGUGGUCCGUGAUGACGAGAGGUCCAUUACCUAUCGUUUAGUUGAUGAUUCUUCUGAACAGGGAGAAAAUAUCGAUUUAUCUGCUACUGAGCCUGGCCGUGCUGACUCUAAUCUUGGAUCAAUUGAUUCUGCUGUCACAUAUGUCGCUUAUGUCACAGAUCCAGUUAAAGAUUUGAAGAGGUCCAACGUUAGUAUAUCAUUGGUGGUUUUCUCUCUAUUCGCUCUUCUCGUGCUGAUGACCUUAAUGUUGGUUGGAUUACUACUUUUGGUAGUGCGUCUUUAUAGAGUCGUGGACCAGAUAAAGUUCGAUUUUGGUGCUACUGAAACAAAGGUGGUACUUUAG